AUGUACUCAAUCGUUAGAAAUUUAUCAAAUUUCGUCCACAGCUCAUAUCAUGAAAAUGUUAUCGCAGUGAGCAUAGCCGGGCAAUGGGAACAAGAAUCGGCAAAACUUAUCUUUCCGCUGAAUAGAAAUAAGGGAUUGGAAGACUUCAAUUUCGACGGCGUAUAUUGGCGUGACCUCUCAUUCCAAGGUCCAAAACGCCGGUGGCACCUUCAAACAAGGAUACGGCCCCAUAUUCGAGAUGACACAAAUUCACGAAACCACUGUCCGAGAUUUAUGGCGAAACCUUCUUAUAGAAUAAAACCGAAUACCACUACAAAGAUAGAGAUUCCAUUUAUGGAUAAGGAUGGCGACUUGGUACGAUGCUCUCAACCCAUACAUAUUGCGGCUGGCGAAUUCGGUAACAUAACUGUCCCGGGUUUAAGCGUUCUUGAGGAUUGCUCCGUUGAAAUAGCAGCCCUCAGCAAGUAUGGCUACAAGGACGAAGACUGGAUAGCUGUUCUGGUCACUGUUAGAGACUUCCCACGAACUGAUGUAAUAUUUGGCGACGACGUCUACCAGACAGCUAUGUUUGCGUUCAGUGAAACGUCUUUGCAGUUCGCCGUAAACGUGAAGGACGUUUUAGAGGUUCCUGUGUUCAUCUAUCCAACUCCUCCUGCGAAACAUGAAUUUUAUCUUUACAUUGGAGUUUCCUUGAAAAUAUUAGUGUUUGCCAAGACUUCUGAAAAUACAACUAUAAAUUCGUUUGCGGUCACUGGAAUCGACAAGGAGACGUAUGAAAUAUCGCCAGCACAAAGUGACCCCGAUGGCCGAGAACACGUUAAGUUUGCUGAGUUUAAAUGGACCCCAAGUGACUCUGAUAUUGGAUUCCAUUUGGCAUGCAUCACAGCCACUGACCUUACCGGGGUCGAUUCCGAAGAACGUCGAUGUUUCGUUUUGAAUGUUAAAGGAGAAAGAUUCAAUCAGUCUACACACAGUUCAAACAAGCCCUAUUUCGUCCAUGUGCCCUCGACGUCGGAGUUUGUGAAAUGCCCAACUGACACGACGUGCGUCAUACCAAUAUACGUCAAUUCUAGCAGCAUUGUCAGUCAGAUGCACGUUCGGGAUGCUUAUGUCCGUACGGCGAGCAUUGGAUUAGUGUCACAAGUCACCUUUAACGGGGAAGUAUUAUAUAAAGCUGACCUGUCAUUCCAACAUCCGAAAAACGACGAAGUUCAGAUCUGUUUACAGGCGGAAGACAUAAACAACCUUUCAAGUGACGAGUUGUGUUUUACUACCAAAAUUAUUCCCCCAGAUCCUUGUUUGGAGACACCAUGUUUAAAUUCCGGGAUAUGCAAAUCUGACAAGGAAGCCGGCACCUUUAAUUGUCAAUGUGUGUACGGAUACGAAGGCAUCAAUUGUCAAUUAGGCAUUGAUGAUUGCCCCAUGGACAAUCCGUGUAAUGGCCAUGGUCUUUGCAUAGACGGGGUGAAAUCAUACACCUGCAAGUGCUUUAGUCGAUAUGACGGAGAUCGUUGCGAACAUGACACUUGUUCAACCAGCCCGCAAGUGGAUCGAGACUGCGCAAACGCUGCACCCGCUUGUAGCCCAACAUGUGGUUCACAUGGAGUAUGCGUUAAUUCCCACUGUCAAUGCAGCCUAGGAUUUACAGGACCAGUUUGUACCUCACGAUCUGGAAUACUUUCCAAUGCUUCUAGUAUAAAGUUUAUUGACCCAACCCUUAAGAAUGGAGGCAAGCUCGUUUGCUAUUUGAAUAUGAAGGAAAUUCAAAAUUGCGAAUUACCGGUGUUCAUCCAAACAAAGACCGGACAUCAACCAACGCUGACAGUUUCUAGUUCACAUGCACUGAGCAGAACUACGUUUUCGCCAGUGCAAAACACGCAGACCAUUGCAGGAUUUGAUAAUGUUUUUGCAAGCUUAAUAUCGGUGAAAGGGGCAUUGAACAUGAAUGAAAGAUCUGAACAGUAUGUGUGCGUAGAUGCCAACAUCGGACCGGUGAAAAGAUACUGCAACACGUCAUUAACAGAACAACCUGGAACACAUGUGAUCACCAAUGUGGCGGAAACACCUGAUCUGAAGUUGUUGUACUCAACAUUCGUCGGAUCAUCUGGAACAGACGUAUGUUGUUACCAGACAACCGUGGACGGAUCUGAACACGGCAUGAAUGUAGACGAGUUUUGUUUCGAAGUUGACAUAUCACUAAUCACAGGAGGCAAUAUUCCAGUAAAUACUAGCAGUCAGGUCACUCGAUUUAUAUCACCAGCAAAGAAUUCACUAUACAUUUGCAAGGAGAACAGCGACUGCUAUAUAACUGUUAUUACGGAAAAAACUCAGUUAUGCGACCAAGUGAUACAUUGCUGCAAUAAAGGAGACGACAUUCACAUCUUCGUCACGAACGAGCUGAACGACGUCUGCGUGACUGAACUCGUUGUACACACGUUGAAUGAGGGACAAGAACAAACCAUUUGCGCAAUGGCUGGAAUAAGCGGUCCUGAAAUCACCUUUACAGUUCUUGCAUUAACACCUGACGGAUUUGGUCCGUGUCAAAAGCGGCAUUGUGAAAACGGAGGAACAUGUGUGUCGGAAAACGGGAAUGCAUUUUGCUAUUGUGCCCCCGGAUACACAGGGGAGACGUGUGAAACAGGUUUCCAGCACUUCAAGUGCUUCACAAAGUACACGGGAGAAUGUGAACUAGGUUUCCAGCACUUCAAGUGCUUCACAAUGUACACGGGAGAAUAUGAACUAGGUGUGUUACAUUAUGUCCGUAAAGUUUCCAGCACUUCAAGUGUUUCACAAUGUACACGGGAGAAUAUGAACUAG